AUGGCAGCAGGAGUGGGGAAAAUUGUGGGCAAUGGAAAAAAUACAAAGAUACUAGACUCAAUUUGGGUUGGGGAUAAGCAGAUAAUGUUUAAAAGCUGUGAUAAUAACAUGCAGGAAGACCAACCAAUCUGGGUGAGUGAUCUGCUAAAGGACAAUAAGCAUUGGGAUGAAGACAUUCUGAACAAAUGGUUUGAACCACAAACUAUAAAAAUGAUCAAAACCAUCCACAUCCCAGAAGAUGAUUUGGAUGAUGAACUCAGAUGGACAGGGACAAAACAUGGGAACUACAUAACCAAGUCGGGGUACUGGUUUGAUGUCACGAAAAACGCUGAAAACCCAAAAGCUAUACUAUUCUGGAAGAGAUUCUGGAGUCAAAAAUUCUGGCCUAAAUGGAAAUUUUUCUAUUGGAAGCUAGCACAUGGUGCAUUAGCCACCGGAGUAAACCUUAGGAGAAGGAAAAUCCUAAGCGAUAAUCCUUGCCCAUUUUGUGGGCGCGAAGAGGAAUCGGAUACUCACCUAUUCAGAGACUGUGAGAUAACAAAAAGGAUUUGGAGUUGCUCGAAUUUAGGGAUCAACGCAACGCAAGCAAGCAACUUAUCAAUAGCGUUAUGGACUAGAAACUGGUUGUGGUAUUUCAUGAAGGAAAACUCAAAGGAUGAUGAAAAAACGUUUGAAUUCAUGGGCAUCCUUUGGAGCAUAUGGUUGAUUAGAAACAAGAAAACCUUCAACCCCAAUAGUCAGCUAGUUCUAGAAGAUGCGUUUGAUAUUAUGAAACAAUGGAAAGAUAGAGCCUGGAAAAUUUCGUGGGAGGCUACACGCAUUGUGAAUGAGGAAAUAACGAACCCUGCUGAAGAUAGGACAGAGCAACAUUAUUGGAGCUCAAACUGGUCCAACCAGAUUGAAGAUGCCACUCUAAUUGUUGAUGGAGCAUGGAAGGCAAAUGAAAAGCUGAAGGAUGAUCCAGGUACUGCAGCCUUCGGGUGGGUGAUACAGGAAAAAAGUGAAGAGGUGGCGCAAGGAGGGAAAAUUAUAAAUGCAAACUCAGCUGCUCAAUCAGAAGCCCUAGGAAUGCUACUCUGUAUAAAGGAAGGCAGGAAAAAGGAAAUUAGAAAUCUGGAAGUUUGGACUGACUCAAAAAUAUUGGUAGAUGGUUUACGUAAAACAAAAAAUGUGCUCUCAACGACAAAAACAAUCAUACUGGAUAUCAAAAAGCUAGCAAAAAACUUUAAUUCCUUUAGAAUCCUAAAUGUAAGUAGAGAUAAAGUUAAAAAAGCUAACCUUAUUGCCGUAACAGCAAGAAAGGAGGGUUUUAGGGUGUAA